AUGAACAUAAAUGAUGCUCAACUCUUUCUGGCACCUAAAUUGAACCACGCCGCUCUCCGCCAAUCUAAGCAGUCGAACAACCGACUUUCCAAAACAAUUCAUUAUCUUUGCUUUUCAUUCAUUCAUUCAUUCACUCUUUCUUUCUUUCUUUCUUUUUCUUUCAUUCAUUCAUUCUUUCUUUCUUUCUUUCAUUCAUUCAUUCUUUCAUUGAUUCAUUCUUUCUUUCAUUCAUUCAUUCUUUCUUUAAUUCUUUCUUUCAUUCAUUCUGUCUUUCCCUGUUUCUUCUCGCUCGCUCGCUUGCUUGAUUUAAUCUGUUUCGUUCGCUUUCACACGAACGGCCUUGUGGCACCCAAAUUGAGCCACGCCGCUGUCUGCCAGUCCAACAAGUCGAACAACCGAGUUCCCAAAACAAUUCAAUAUCUUUGCUUUUCUUUCUUUCUUUCUUUCUUUCUUUCUUUCUUUCUUUCUUUCUUUCUUUCUUUCUUUGAGUUGUGUUUGAGCCCUCGAACUUUUUCGAAGCGCCUUGAUUUCUUCUUUCCUUAUUUUUCCUUAAUCUCCUUUUUUCUUUCCUUUAUUUCUUUUCCCAUCACUUGUAACAUUUUCUUCAUCUCUUUCUUUCUUUCUUUCUUUCUUUCUUUAUUUAUUUAUUUAUUUAUUUAUUUAUUUAUUUAUCUUUCUCUCCUUUUUUACAUAGCCUUCUUUGCUUUCAACAUUUCCUCAAUCUCCUUUUUUCCCUUCCUUCCCUUUCCCAUCACUUCUAAUAUUUCUUUCUUUCUUUCUUUUUUUCUUUCUUUCUUUCUUUCUUUAUUUGCAACUCUCUCUCUUCAGUUUUAA